GGCGCGUGCGGCUGGCGGAACCGGAAUGGUUGCAUCAGCUGGCCUGCGCGGGCCUGCUGGCGGGGCCGCUGCCCGAGGCCCAUCAGCCGCCGCAGCUGCUGCUGGGGCCGCAGCAGCCGCCCGCUCGCGUAGCCCUGCCGCCCCCGGCUGCUGCUGGUGUUUCUGGGGCCGGCGACCGGGAGCCGCUGCUGCUGGCGGGGUUUGUGUUUGGGUUUAGCAGCCGAUGGAAGAGGGACCCCGGCUUGGCGGUGCUGGUCUCGGAGCUGGGUGGCCGGGUGCUGGCGGAGGAGGAGGAGGUCCGGCGAGGCGAGGCGGCCGGAGUGGUGGUGGUAACAGAGGAGGAAGAGGAGGGGAUGGAGCAGGGCAGCGGCAGCCGGCGUGCGCUGCAUGCACAGCAGUUGCUGAUGAGCAUUCUCACGGCGGCUAAUGCGGCGGCGGUUCGCGGCUUGCUGGAGUCGGUGCGCAGCCGCGUGGCGGGGGCUGCAGGGAGCGCGCAACCAGCUGACUCGGACAUGACGCAAGCGGCCGAC